AUGUCAGGUUACAGGAAGACAAAGCCAAUUCUGGACCAGUUUGCGCCCAUCAACCCAUCAGCUUCUCUGUAUGUGGGGGACCUGCUUCCCACCACCACAGAGGUGAUGCUUUAUGAGAAGUUCAGCCAGGUGGGGCAGGUCAUCUCUGUCAGGGUUUGCAGACACCGGAUCACCCGCCGCUCCCUCGGCUAUGGCUUCGUCAACUACGCGAAACGUGAAGAUGCUGAGCGAGCCCUGGAUGACCUGGCCUUCACUGUCGUCAACGGCCGGCCUGUGCGGAUCAUGUGGUGUCGACGCGACCCCUCCCAGAGAACCAAUGCAGCGGGGAACAUCCUGAUUAAGAACCUGGACAAAUCCAUCGACAGCCUGUCCUUGCUGAACACGUUUUCAGUCUUCGGGACUGUGCUGUCCUGUAAAGUGGUUUGUGACGACAACAACGUCUCAAAGGGAUACGGAUACGUGCACUUUGAGACCGUGGAGGCGGCUGAGCGCGCCACUGAGAGGCUGAAUGGCAUGCUGCUCAAUGACCAGAUAGUAACUAUUGAGCCGUUCCGAUCGUUUGAAGACAGGGAGGCGGAGCUCGCCAAAAGUGCAGAGGAGUUCACCAACGUUUAUAUAAAGAACUUCGGCGAGGACAUGGAUGACAACAGGCUGACGGAGCUGUUCAGCAAAUAUGGACCCACAUCCAGCGUUCGUGUGAUGACAGACGACAAUGGAAAUUCGAAAGGAUUUGGAUUCGCCCGCUUUGAGAACCACGAGAACGCCAAGAAGGCGGUGGACGACUUGAACGGUAAAGUGUUGAACGGCCGGCGGUUGUACGUGUCUCGUGCCCAAAGGAAGGCGGAGCGGCAGACGGAGCUCACGCGCAGGUUUGAGCCUGAGAGUUUGGAUCGCGGAUCCAGGUAUCAGGGGGUCAAUCUGUACGUCCACAACCUGGACUCCGACAUGGAUGAGGAGCGUCUGCACCGAGCUUUCAGUCCCUUUGGAACCAUCACAAGUGUCAAGGUGAUGACGGAGGGGGAACGCUGCAAAGGAUUUGGGUUUGUCUGCUUUUCGUCCCCUGAGGAGGCCAGCCGGGCCAUGACUGGGAUGAACGGCCACGUCUUGGGCACCCAGGCGCUCUACGUGGUGCUGGCCCGGCCUACAUGCAACCCCAGCGAGAGACACAGGUACACCCCCAGCAGCAGCCUCUCCCACUCCAACAGCAGCCUCUCCCACUCCAACAGCAGCAGCUUCUCCUCAGAUGCCCCCAGUUGGGAGCCGAACGCACACUUCCAUCACGGGCCCCACAUGCUCCCUCAGGAGGGGACCCCCUCAAACCCUCAGUGGGGGGCCAACAUACUGCCCCAUUAUGAGCCCUAUGUGUGGUCCCAGCAAAAUCUUCACAUGCACCCCCAGUAUCGACCCUAUGUGUGA